UACUACUGGAGUAGUCAGAUGAAACAGCGCAUGCGCUCCCCGUUUACGUUAUGACGUUCCGCAUCACGUCUACUAGCCGAAAAUGGCGGAGUACCUGGCAUCCAUUUUCGGCACAGAGAAAGACAAGGUCAAUUGUUCGUUCUAUUUUAAAAUCGGAGCCUGCAGACAUGGAGACCGCUGCUCGAGAUUGCACAACAAACCAACCUUCAGCCAGACCAUCUUGAUCCAAAACAUCUACCGUAACCCCCAGAACAGCGCACAGACGGCCGACGCUUCCCGCUGUGCUGUCAGCGAUGUAGAAAUGCAGGAGCACUACGACGAGUUCUUCGAGGAAGUGUUCACGGAGAUGGAGGAGAAGUACGGGGAGGUGGAGGAGAUGAACGUGUGCGAUAACUUGGGAGACCACCUAGUCGGCAAUGUCUACGUAAAGUUUCGGCGCGAGGAGGACGCAGAGAAAGCAGUCAUGGACCUAAACAACCGCUGGUUUAACGCCCAGCCCAUUCACGCAGAGCUCUCCCCCGUCACCGACUUCAGGGAAGCUUGCUGUCGUCAGUAUGAAAUGGGAGAGUGCACCAGAGGUGGAUUCUGCAACUUUAUGCAUCUGAAACCCAUCUCACGGGAACUUCGAAGGGAGCUGUAUGGCCGUCGCAGGAAAAGGCAUCGCUCUCGCUCGCGCUCCCGUGAACGACGCUCUCGCUCCAGGGACCGAAGACGAGAACGGCCAACCGAGAGGCGGAGAUCGAGGGACCGAGAGCGCUCUGGGAGAUUCUAAAGGAAGACAAGACUGACCUGAUGUCCUACCAAAUCCCUCCACCCUCAGACCCAGCAGUGAUGACAAAGUUAUUUUCUCUUUUUUUUUUUUGUUGGUGAAUUGUUGGAAGUGUUUUUCUUUUAUUCCCUUUUUUUAAGACGAGCUUGUGUCGCUUUCUCAAUAAAAACAGAUUUGUAAUUCUGCA